CCACAAAAUUAUCGUGUGAAGUGGCAAUUGGAUGAACGGUUUGUGGAGGCAUGUCCAACGUUGAGGGAUGCAUCUUCUUUAGAUUCAGAAAUAAGACAAGAAGAUGAUGAGGAGGCUAUGAAGCAGGUAGUGGUUAGAUCACUUUCAAUGGCCGAUGCGGAAUUGGGAGUCAGUUUUGGGGCAGGGGUUCUAGUAAAUUGAGUGUCGGCGAUGAGACGGGAGGUUCGUUAUUGUUAUCAGUUCAAUGAGCUUGUUGAAGAGCUGGGUGAUGAACAAAACAACUUAAUGUCAACCACAAAUGACAUGCUAGCCCAAUUAAGAAGAGAGAGAGCCAACUGUAAAGAGCCGUCAUAUGUCCUUCAGCGUCAAUUGCUUAAAGCAGAGUAUCUGAUAGGAAAAGCGGAGACGCUUAAACAUAAAGCAGAAGCAAGCCAGAGCUGUUGCUAUGGGGCUUGCCCAAACUGGAUACGUCGAUAUAUUGUGGGCAAGAAAGCAGAGAAGGAAACGGUAGCAAUGAAGUAUCUUAAUGCAAGUUUGAGACGAGAACUGUUGCCAUUACUUCAACCCAUGGGCCCAGCAGAAGAUUUCAUUCUAUUCAAGAGCACAGAAGAAGCACGCAACAACAUCUUAAAGGCACUGAGAGAUGAUAAGAAGAUAAAAAUUGGGCUUUGUGGACCGGGGGGUUGUGGUAAGUCAACCCUGUUAAAAGAAUUGCACAAGGAAGUGAAUGACUCUAAACUUUACCAGACAGCAUUUGUUGUUGUGUCCCACCCUCCCAAUUAUCAUGCUAUUCAAGAAAGCAUUGCAAGCUGGAUGGGCCUGGAAUUUGGGCCUAUAGCGCAAAAUGUACGAUCUAGAGCUGCAAGACUGUGCAUGGAAUUUGGAAUGGUUGAUAAAAAAUUUCUUAUAAUUCUGGAUGAUGUGUGGCAAGAGCUUGACUUUGAAGCCAUCGGAAUUCCUAUUGGUGAGAAUUGCAAGGUUCUUCUUAGUACUCGACGGCAACAGAUAUGUGACAUCAUGGAAUUUCACGAAAUGAUUUAUUUGUCACUUUUAACAGAAGAGGAAUCCUGGCAAUUUUUCCAACGUCAUGCUGGAGAAAUAAAAGACACAUUCCAACAAGCAGCUUGCGAGAUCACUCGUGAAUGUGGUGGAUUACCUGUUGCAAUUAAAGCUACGGCCAGUAUUUUGAGGGGCCAAGAACAUUUUGCAUGGAAAGACGCACUGGCAACAUUGAAAGAACGUGGAUGGCCGCUAAAUAUUGAAGAAGGACUGGAUGAUGCUUUCACAUCUUUGAAAUUCAGUUUAGAUUCGUUGAAGCAUGAUGCAGAGGAGCUAUCACUCUAUUUAUUAUGUGCUCUAUUCCCCAAGCAUUUAGAAAUCGCUAUUGAAGUUCUAAUCAGAUUUGCAUUUGGGUUGGGCAUAUUUCAAGGUAUUGACUCAUAUCAAGGAGCUAGGUCCAAAGUGCAUGCAGCCAUUGAUAAGUUCAGUAAGUACUGUUUGUUAUCGCAAGAAAGACAAUAUGUCAAAUUACACGACCUGUUACAUGAUUUGGCCUUAUGGGAAUCAAAGGAAAAAACUCAAGUGAGUAUGGGACCUAGACAGAUUGUAACCUUGACGGAGGCAAAAUAUAUGAAAGAUACAAACAGAUUAUAUUGCCAUGAUAUAAGAGAAAUUCCAGAUCAGUUGAUUUGCCCGGAACUUGAGAUACUAGUUGUGUCCAAUAAUGGUGGAUACUCAUCAAAAUUCCCAUAUAUGUUUUUCAAGGAGAUGGUAAAACUGAAAGUGCUAGCCAUAAAAAAUACAUCUAUUGGGAUGAACCCGGUUCUACUGCUACCUGAAUCAAUUGAUAGACUAAAAAUGCUUCGAACUCUUUGUUUGAGAGGAUGGACAUUAAUUGAUAUCUCUGUUUUUCAAAAAAUGGAGAUGCUUCACACUGUUGAGCUAUUAUAUUGUGAAAUGAAAGAGCUGCCUGAAGAAUUAGCAAAUCUAAAGGCGUUAAGAUUAUUGGAAGUGUCACAUUGCAAAAUAGGAGGGAAUCCUUAUAAGGUGCUUACCAGAUGUUCCCAACUGGAGGAGCUGUAUUUUGUUGAAGAUCAUCUUCCAGAUAUGGUGCAGGCACAUCAGAAUGUUGCUGAAAUUUGUCAUCGAAUUAGCUCCUUUAAUGUACUCCAAAGGUAUCAUUUAGAAAUUGGAGGCUCCGUAAAUACUUCCAAGGAUGAUUAUUCGUUGUCUAAACUCAUAUCAAUAAAUAAUUUUGAUGCCUCUAUCCCAAACGCAGUAGUCAAGGCAUUGCCCCAGACACUAGAGGUUCUUUUCUUUGAAAAAAUUCUGGGGAAUUGUACAAGCAUCGUUCCUGACAUAUUUCCAAUACAGGGUGAAUGUUUGGAUGAGUUAAAAGAAUUUGUGCUUCGUGAUUCUGAUUGCAUAAAAUGGCUGAUCGACACCACAAAUGAUCAAUCAUAUCAAGCUAGAAUCAUCUUCUCCAAGUUGCAGGUGUUGAAAGUGGAAGCCAUGAAAUGCUUGGAAGCCUUUUGCCAUGGUCCACCUCCUUCUGGCCUUUUUGAGAAGUUACAGAAGAUGUUUAUAACAAACUGUAGCCAAUUGGCAUCUCUCUUCACAGCUACCUGUGCUCAAAAAUGGUGAUGUUAGAAGAGCUAGAAGUGAUAGGUUGUGGUGAACUGAGGCAUAUGGUUACAGUUGACAAUGAUGAUGAUAUUUCAGCAAGGCCUGUGCUCCCAAAGUUGAACCAAGUCAGGGUAAAAAGUUGUGAAAAUCUA